CUCAUCACUGAUUUUUCGGUGUUGGGCGAAGUCCAUCGAACUUUAUGUUCAACUCGGAAUUGAGCGCGGAAUGGCGCUUUUUCAUGACACGGUGAACGAUGAACUCCAUACAAACGACUUUUUCACAUCAACAGAACAACUUCUCCAUGCCUUCAGCACAGCGUUGUCAUCCCGCGAUUGUCCGGCUCAAUCCCGGACAACCAGUCCAUUCAGUCCCGACCGCUGAAUCCAGUCCGUCGUCCAGAGUACAGUCCCUCCCAGCCCCCAGCCACGCUCAGAAAAACACCAUCCCCUCACUCGCCUCCCUCACCGUCUCCCAAUCUCCACUCAUCGUCUUCUCUCGCCUGCCCCUUUCCCGAUCCUCCAUCAUCAUUACCCCCAACCCUUCAUCCAUUUCCCACCCGCAACCCUCCCCGCCUGCAUCCAACGGUGCCCACUUCUCCCCGCUCUCCAACCGCUCCACCCGCUCCCGCACCAUUCCCUCCUCCUUCCACAACCGAUAGCUCUCCCGCCCCCGACUCAUGAUCGCCCCCUCCCCCAACCCCAUCGCCCGCAUCCACCUCUCGCUCACCCCGCUCGAGCCCACCUGCGCCGUGGCCCCUUCUUCGUCUUCCUCGUCCAAUACCCGUACCCGCCCGGCCAUUCGCCUCCGCGGCACCGCCAGGAAACUCCGAUCUUGCACCGCACUGGACGGCUCCCCCUGAUCCUCGCCCAGCUCUGCCAUCCGUGCGAUGCUGCUCGGUCGCCGAGAAGAAGGCCCGCCCGCGCGCACGCACGUGUUUGUGCUGCGUUCUGCGAGCGCGCGGGAGUGGCGUCGGUGAGAGUGAAGAUCGCUGGCGGCGUGCUUCAUGUGGAGGUGGGAGCGGAG